AUGACUAAACGCAUGUGCUCUGCCCGGCCGCAGUGUGGACCCCAAAGGGCCUCCCACUGUACACGUAGUGGUAAUUAUUGCUUACCUCUGCUCCCGCUGCAGGCUGCGCACCACACGCACAGAACCACCAACUUUUUCAUUGACAACAUCCUCAGACCGGACUUCGGCUGCAAAAGGGAGCGUUGUCCAACUGUCCCCAGCACUCCUUGUCCGGAUUCCAGCUGCAGUACCGACAGUGUUUCAUCUUCUGCCUCGUCCACCGUUUCGUCUCCAGCCAGCAGAAGGCAGUCCAAGGUAGGCGAGGCCGAUAGAGGGAACGCAGCAAAAUCUGGGGUCGUCUCAGCGCCAUCCGUUGCUUUGAAUAGCCCAGGUGAAACCUCCUCGCCCAGUAAGGACACCCAAGAGCUUAUGUGGCCCGCCUGGGUUUAUUGCACGAGAUACUCUGAUCGACCUUCAUCUGGCCCAAGGACCCGGAAAUUGAAAAAGAAGAAAAACGACAGUGAGGAUAAACGACCCAGAACGGCGUUCACAGCUGAGCAGCUCCAAAGACUGAAGGCUGAGUUCCAGGCGAGCCGCUAUAUCACGGAGCAGCGGCGGCAGGCCCUGGCGCACGAACUCAAGCUGAACGAGUCGCAGAUUAAAAUCUGGUUCCAGAACAAACGGGCUAAAAUCAAGAAAACCACCGGAUUCAAGAACGGCCUGGCAGUGCAGCUAAUGGCGCAGGGACUGUACAACCAUUCCACCACCACCCUUCAAGAAGACGACGGCAACUAUAGCAAAGACAGCAAGAGAGAGAAAAGGGGAGAACCCGGAGAGUGAAAUAGAGGGUCGGAAGACAAAGUGAAGCUGGAAAAACUCAAAUUACUUGACCAGACGUUAUAAAGGGAUAUUAUAGUUACUUUAUCAACCUGUUUGGACGGGCGGGUGAUUUUUUACAAUACAAAUAUGUGGAAGCCUCAUUUUGAUUUUGAGGAUGCUAUUAAAAUCUAAAUGGAUCGCGCUGGUUUGUUGUUUGAAAUCGUUGCCACUACAAGUCAAAUUAGUCACUUUGCAUUUUAUCUAAAUUCUUGUUUUUUUGUGCUGUUAAAAGCAAUAUUUCUUCGCGCCAAAGAUGUUAUUCGAUUAAAGUAUCCAGA